GGGAGUGGAGGAACAGGGGGAAAAAAAAAAGAAAAAGCUGAACAAUUAAAAAGAUUGACAGGUAGGUUUUCGCUGUCAGAGUGACGCUCCUCGGAGGGGUGGAGUGUAGAGAGGGAGCACGGGAGGCGACUCGAUGCGUCUGUCUAUCAGUUGAGGCUGUCUGAAACGCUCUCUCUCUCCGUAAUUCCUCAGUCAGGAGACCGAGCACCGAGCACCGGAGCCCGCUCGCGCUUUCCUCCCCGGCUCGCGCCUUUUCGCUUAAUUACUUCCCCGCGCGGCGAACGCCUUUCAUUCCUCCUUUCUUCCUCCUCCUCUUCCUCAUCCCCGCGCUUCCUAAAAUCGCGCACAUGCCUGUUUUUUUUUUCUUCCUCCCUCUCUUCGUCGAGGCUGCUCCCGCCGCUGAAGUGACUGACUGACUGACAUUAACCGAUUAACCGUCUGCUCUCCUCUCCUUCUCUCUCCCCUCCCCUCUCUCCCUUCUUUCGCCUCGGCCCAGAGCUUGAAGUCGCCCGGAGUGGACAUACAGAGCGCGCGCAGUUGGACGAGGCUGUUUAUUUAUCUUGCUUUUUGUUUGUUUGUUUCUUUCUGCCGACCGUGGAAGUUUUUUUUUUGUUGUUUUUUUUUCUUUUUCUUUUUUUUUUUCUUCUUGUUCUGGCGAGUCCUCCGUCCUCCGUGAUCCCUCCCUCCCUCCCUCCUUCCUUCCCUCUCUCUUUUUGAUUCCGGAUGGCAGCGGGGAGAAUGAACGAGGCGGACGAUCAUGUCGAGUCCACCACAAACGCGUCAGCCUGAACGAUCUCCGCUCGGGAGGAGGAGGACCGCGCCGGCUCCGCUGAGGGACGAACUCGCGUCGUUUUUCCAGAGCAAAGACUUUCAUCCGCUCCAGUGAAGGACAGAGAGACACAGAGAGAAAGAGAGACAGAGACGGGAACUAAAACAAACAAACAGAACAUAAAAGUAAAGACCGUCUGCUUUGAUCCAGAGAACGGAAACGACUGAGAAAAAAAAAAAACAGAAAACGUCACACGUAUCAUUUUCACGUUUUUCCGUUUUUUUGCGUUUUUACGUUUUUUCACAUAUAUAUCCCCUUCCUGUAUGAAAAGUCAAGUGGAAAGAGUUGGAGACCAGCAUGCCGCGGAGAAAGCAGCAAGCACCGAGGCGAUCCUCAGCCUAUGUGCCUGAGGACGAGCUGAAGGCAGCCAAGAUCGAUGAGGAGCACCUGCAGGAUGACGGCCUCUCCUUAGACGGCCAGGACACAGAGUACCUGUGCAACGAUGAGGACGAUGCACGUGAGCAGCUAAGCUAUCAAAACUCCCCUCUCAGCAAUGGCACCAACCCAGACGCUGGGUACGGCUCACCCCUCAGCGACACCAGCGAUCACCUGGCCGACUUCAAGAGCACCUCCUCCAAAGAGGGCCAGGACAAGGAGGAGGGCGAGGACAUGGAGACAGAAGCUGGUCUUUCCUUGCAGGACAGCCUGGCGCAGAUGAAAGCCGUCUAUGCAAACCUGAUCUCGGACGCCUCCUGGUCCAGCAUUGCAAAGGACAUUAUGAAAAGCAAACAACUUAGCGCCAGCAGCAACAGCACGACAAGCAACCACAAGGGGAGCAAUAGCAUUGUGAACAGUCAUGCAACUAACACAAAUAGCAGUGGAGGCAGCAGCAUUAGCACUGCUAGUGGUAGCGCUAGUGCUACAACAACCACCUCCACCACCACAAGCACCAACCCUGCAAAGGCUGCUGCUUUUACCAGUCCUAAAAAUGGAAACAUAAGUGGUACCAGCAGUGGAGGUGUCGCUUAUGACUGGCACCAAGCUGCACUUGCUAAAACUUUACAGCAUACAGCGUACCACCUCUUGCCAGAACCCAGUCUCUUCAGCACGGUGCAGCUGUACCGGCAGAACAAUAAACUGUAUGGGCCUGUAUUUACUGGUGCCAGCAAAUUUAGAUGCAAGGACUGCAGUGCAGCUUACGACACCCUUGUAGGCCUCACAGUACACAUGAACGAAACAGGCCAUUACCGUGAUGACAAUAAAGACCAGGAGGAUGAUUCAGGCAAGAAAUGGUCCAAGCCAAGGAAACGUUCCUUGAUGGAGAUGGAGGGCAAAGAGGAUGCUCAGAAAGUCUUGAAGUGCAUGUACUGUGGACACUCAUUUGAAUCCCUGCAAGACCUCAGUGUCCACAUGAUCAAAACAAAACACUACCAGAAAGUGCCUCUCAAAGAACCAAUGCCAGCUCUUGCCUCAAAGCUGGUGCCCUCUACCAAAAAACGAGUCUUUCACGACUUAGUGUCCCCAUGUUCACCCGAGUCCAUCAGUAGCACCACUGGUGUUCCACUGGCAGAGUCCACACCCACCAAAGACCAGAAGGUUUCUAACCCCUAUGUUACCCCUAACAAUCGCUAUGGCUAUCAGAACGGUGCAAGCUAUACCUGGCAGUUUGAGGCCCGAAAAGCCCAGAUUCUCAAGUGUAUGGAGUGUGGAAGUUCUCAUGACACCUUGCAGCAGCUAACAGCCCAUAUGAUGGUCACAGGGCAUUUCCUCAAAGUCACCAAUUCUGCUUCGAAAAAGGGUAAACAGCUAGUAUUUGACCCAGUGGUGGAGGAAAAAAUUCAAUCCAUUCCUCUUCCGCCAACCACAACACGUCUGCCAAUUCCAACCAUCAAGUCGCAACCAGAAUCUCCAUUGCACUCCUCCUCAAAUGAAGACAGGAAGGAUUCACAGGAAGAAAAAAUGGAGUUGGGUGAACCAGAGAAGAAAAUCAAAGAGGAGAAAGAGGAUCCCUCUGAAAAAACUGAGAAGCCUGAGAAACCUGGUCAGUACAAGUAUCUCAGAGAGGAGGAUCUGGAGGAGACUCCCAAAGAGGGUCUUGAUAUUCUCAAGUCUCUAGAAAAUACUGUAUCUAGUGCGAUCAGCAAGGCUCAGACUGGUACCCCCACAUGGGGAGGCUAUCCUAGUAUCCACGCUGCAUACCAGCUCCAAGGUUCAGUGAAAUCUCUCUCGGCUGUUCAGAGUGUCAAAAUGCAACCUACAUACAGCGCUAGCAGCUUGAAGUCUCUGUCAACUGAAACCAGUGCCCUCAUCCAUUCCCCAAGCAGUCCGUCUCCACCACCAAAUCAUAAGAACAAUGUCCUGGCCAUGGAAGAGCUAGUGGAGAAAGUAACAGGUAAAAUUGUCUCGAAGAAAGAGAAGGAGGAAAAGGGUAUUGAACGCAUCCCAAAACAUGUCUCCGCGAAAUCACCUUCACCUGUACCCAAGGAGAAGAAAGAUCUGCAUCAGCCAACUGACCUUAGCAAGCCUACAAAGAAUGGCACCACAGAGGAGAUUGAGUCAGCUGGGAGGGAAGGAGAACAGAGGGAGCGCCAUGCAGAUACGCCUGACAAGAACGGGAUGGAUGCCCUCAAAACGCCAGUCAGCAAUGGUUGCAGCAGUUUGGGAAUUAUCACUGAUCACUCACCAGAACAGCCUUUAGUCAACCAUCUCAGUGCACUGCAGUCUAUCAUGAACACUCACUUAGGCAAGGCUUCCAAAACUGUCAGCCCACUCCUCGAUCCAUUAGCAAUGCUUUACAAAAUCAGCAACAACAUGAUGGAGAAGCCCAUUUACAAUCCUACUCAGGUUAAACAAGUUGAGUCCAUCAACAGAUAUUAUGACAACGAUGAUCAGCCAAUGGACUUGACAAAAUCCAAGAGCAGCAAUGGGCGCACAAACAAUGGCUCCUCCACUGUCAUAAGCAACAGUAACAACAGCAGCAUCGCUAACAGUAACCGACCCAUUCUGUCCAACUUAUCUGAGUCAGUGUCUUCCCCUCUGCGGGAAAAUGCUUUGAUGGACAUCUCGGACAUGGUGAAAAACCUUACGGGCCGCCUGACACCAAAGUCAUCGACGCCCUCUUCUGUCUCAGAGAAGUCAGAUGCAGAUGGCAGCGCUUUUGAAGAUGCUCUGGAGGAUUUUACCCAUGUGCAAAAGAGGAAAGGAAGACAGUCUAACUGGAACCCUCAGCAUCUGCUGAUUUUGCAGGCUCAGUUUGCAUCCAGCCUUCGUGAGACCCCCGAGGGGAAGUUCGUCAUAACAGACCUGGGUCCUCAGGAGCGUGUACAUAUCUGUAAGUUCACAGGUCUCUCCAUGACCACGAUCUCUCACUGGCUGGCCAACGUGAAGUACCAGCUUAGGCGGACAGGCGGAACCAAGUUCCUAAAGAACAUUGACUCGGGCCAGCCUCUGUUCCUGUGCAGCGACUGUGCUUCCCAGUUCAGAACUCCCUCCACUUACAUUAGCCACUUAGAAUCCCAUUUAGGGUUCAGUUUGAAGGACCUUUCAAAGUUAUCUCUAGACCUCAUGAGGGAGCAGCAGGCGGUCACAAAAAUGAUAACGGACAAGACCUUCAAUUCCCUGGCCUUGACCGAGGAGGACUCUAAUUCCAUCUAUCAGUGCAAACUGUGCAAUAGGACUUUUGUCAGCAAGCAUGCAGUCAAGCUGCACCUCAGUAAAACGCAUGGCAAGUCUCCAGAGGACCACUUGAUCUUUGUCUCUGAGCUUGAAAAGUUAGAUAAAGCGUAGAGGAGGAGCAGGCCAGUGGCAGUGAAGUGACUUGCUCAAGAAUCCUUGCACUACAUCACUGUACUGCACUGCACCUGAACUGAGCCUUCAGUCAAAAUCAGUCAAAUAUUUGUUGUGCAACUGCCUGACUGGACCAUGAUCUGUUUCUUCUUUUAUUAUUUUCUUUGUUUGUUUUGGUUGUUGUUUUUUUCACUCUCUUGAUUUCUAUAUCUUACUUUGUAUUGUAUUUAUAUAUGUGUUAACUUUGUGCAUGUUUUUUUUUUUUCCACCAGUGACCAGAUUCAAGCAGAUUUUUCCACUGUUUGUAUUCUGUGGAAUUGAGAAUGAGACCAGCAUGGUAUCCAUGGGCAUGGUCAAAAACAAGACUGAAGAAGUAAUACGUGAAUAUAGUUGAGUCUAUCAUACUGUACACUUAACCGAUAAAUGUGCAGGAACCAUUAAGAAUAUAUAUGAAGUGAGAAAGUAUUUUGUUAUUUUGAACUCAAAUUCCCAAAUUUGGCUUUAUACCAAUACAAAUUCAACAAAACGAUCUGUGAAAAUGAUACAUUGAAGGCAGCGAUCUUUCAAACCUCAAAGGAUGUUGAUGAUCAAUCUGCUGCUUCAGAUGAUACAGUUUGUGUUUUCAAAUGACUUUGUUUUUACGUAUUUGUUGGCAGUUGUUUUGUUGUUAAGUAUCAUUUUUUUACAGUAGCAAUUUGGAAAUGUAUGCUUUGGUACCGACUUUUCUCUUUCUAUAGGUUUGCUUCGAUUUCGACCUGUAAAGACUUAAUUAAAUCCUUAUAUACAGUACAUAUAUAUUUAAAUGAUCUGCAAUGAUGUACAUGUACAUUUUCAUCAUCAUAUCUUGCCAAUUGCCGCAGCAUUGUUUGUAUGGUGUGCAUUCUUUUAUAUUGUCAUUUUAUAUAUAGUAAACAAAAACGAAAUAAUAUGUACAUAGAUAUAUAUGCAGACAGUAUGUGACCAGUAGCGUCAACGUUCAUCCUUUUGGUCCUCCAGUGUGGUUAAUAUUAAUUGAUUUGAUGGAAUGCAUCCUCAGAUGCACAGUACGUGUGAGUGAAAAGAGCAGUGCACAACAGGAAAUCCAGUGCAUUUCAAUGUUUUUAAUCAUUGCCAUUGUGAAAUGUCCCAUCAACUCAUGAAAAAAUAUUGUUUUUGUCCCUCAAUUGUAAAAUAAAUCCUGACGCAGUUCUUGACUAA